AUGGCUUCUCUUCUUGGGUGGAAAGACAUCCUCAGGCCGAUCCGCGAUGGUUACCGCCAUCUGUUUCCCACCCCGGACACGGGACCUACACCGGAAGAGAGACGCCAUCAGCGCGCAUUAGAUCGACUGAAGGGCUUCGCCUACUUCGAUACCUUUGAUCAAUUGGAAUCGUGGACCGACGCUGACUCUGACCCUCUGAAAAGAGCCAAUACGCCGUUGUUACGAGCGACUGGUGGAGUUCCAACCGACGACCGCAAAACUGGUGUUCUAUUGAUCCAUGACUAUUCUGGCAACUACCACGACUAUGAAAGCGUGCAGGCCGUCGGUGUAGACAAGGAACUCUACUCGUGUGAAUACCUCCAGUUUGUUGAUACUUUUGUCUACUUCUCUCAUAAGCUAGUCUGUGUGCCACCACCCACAUGGACGAAUACGCUUCACAGGAACGGUGUGGAAGCGCUGGGCACCUUCUUGAUUGAACGGCAAACUGAAGGCUCGGAACGUGUGUUUAAUCAUACAACAGAAGAGUCUGGGGAGAUGAACUUCCCCAUGGCGAAGAAGUUGGCCUUCAUUGCAACACACUUCGGCUUUGAUGGCUGGCUCAUAAACAUCGAGAAGCCGUUCCCAAGCGACGUAUGGAAUUCAGAGGUCCUUGAAGCUUUUCUACGUCAGCUGAGAGACGAACUAGGAGUCACCAAACGACUCAUAUGGUAUGAUGCGCUCACCACUUCCAACAAAAUAUCUUACCAGAACGCGCUGACCAGCUCCAACCUCAAAUAUGCUGACGCAUGCGAAAACCUACUCACCAACUACUGCUGGACGGAUGUUGAUGUUUCUGAAUCAAUAAAGCUCGGGACGUAUACCAACUAUCUGGGUGAUGGAAAGAAGAUUUACUUUGGCGUUGAUGUCUGGGCCCAAAACAAGUCUAGCUUUACUCAUCCACGCGUCACCUAUCCUGAAUAUGGAGGCGGUGGCACAAACACUGGAGUGGCAUUAGCCAAGACCGCAGAAUACGGUCUUUCAGUUGGCAUCUUCGCGCCCGCAUGGUCCUUCGAGCAUUUUCCAGGCCAUGAGCGGGAUGUCGAACGCACCGUCUGGGAAGGCACGUCACUUCCGGAGAGCAUUGAGUGCACCUGCGGCGACUGCACAUCGCGUCACCCACCAAACAAAGACUCUCCAAUUCUACAUACAGCCAAAGAGCGCGUGGCAGGCUCAGAACACUUCUUCUACACCGACUUCACCCGCGCAUUCUCAACACAUGAUGACGACACAAAACACCUAUUCAACAACAGCGACGCGCACUCACAACUAGGUUCGCAAUCCGUCCUUCCGCGUCCAGCCAGCAUCUUGCCCAAAAACGAAUGCGUCACACUCUCCCAUCACAUAGAACACUCUCACAACCGCAACAUCCUAGUUAUCUCCUUCAUUCAAGAACAUCCAAACGAAGACUGCGACGUAGAAGCCUUCCUUCCCCUUUACAAACUCGACAUGCCAGCGGAUGGGUCUCUGCAACUCGCGAUGGUGCUAGACAGCUACGAGGAUCCUAGACCGCCGGAAAUGGAGGACAUGACGUUUUUUGUGUACUUCAAAUCGGGUAGAACGAUGCAUUAUCACACGUUGCAUCUAUCGCGAGAGCCGAUCGUGUUGCUAGAUGAUAUACCUAGAGCGAGGAUAGAAGAGCUGGGUGUGCGGGUUAAAGGCCCUUUGAGGGGGACUUUACGUGGGCCUGUGAGGUUAAUUGGUUUCAAGGAGAUUUGUAUCUCGUCUACAUUGAAGCUACCUCCAAGCUCCUCUUUCAGCAUCAAGGAUGUACGGGUUGAAAAGCGCGGUGAAGGCGUGAGUGAACACGUCAGACUGUGCUGGAACUACGAGGAUGCAGCGAAGUCCGAAUCCAAAACGGCAGGUAUGCCAUGGAGCGACAUCACCGGCCCGUUCGCGCACUUUACAAUUCGAAGUAAAGGGCUGCUUCUGGCGAAGGCGUAUGCAUUGGAGCACAUUCUCAACGAGAAGUUCGUUGAAGGUUCUGCUGGACAAAAGAUCGAGGUUGAGGUCACAGGCAUUGGCUUCGAUGGGCGUAAACUCGCGGAGACGCAAGUCGCGUUGCAGCUGUAA